CCAUACUCCCCCCCCCCCCCCCCCCUCCCACGUUGCAUGAUCAGUAACGCUAGCAGACCAAGAUGGCGUCGAUUCCAAACCACAAAAAGCACGGCCUAAAAAAACUCAAGUUUUUCAAGUGUAUGAGACAAUAUGCCCUUAACAAGCAAACUUCAAGAUGUGUUUAAUGAAGUUGAUGAGAGUGCAGACCAUCGUAUAAGUUGGGCAGAGCUGCAACAGUGCUGCAAAAAACUACAGAUUGAAUUAGAUAAUGAUGACCAAAGUGUAUUCCAUUCCUGUGAAGAUCAGCAAGGGGAAGGUCUCAGUUUUAAUGGCUUUUGCAAGUUUGUGACAUUAAGUUUAGAAAAAAUUUUCCAGGAAAUUGAUGAAGACAAUAGUGGUUAUAUUGAUCACAAUGAGAUAUCAAAUGCUUUAAAAAAAUUGGACAUUCAUUUGCCUUCAAGACAGAUUGAUGGUAUCCUGAAAGGCAUGGAUCUUAAUAAUGACAAUAGAAUUGACUUUGAUGAGUUUUGUGCAUUCUUCUCGGAUAUCCCUUCUCCGAAUUUACAGCUUAUUGCUAAGAAAUGGAGUUCAGGUGUUGGCCUGGAUUUUGGAUCUGAUAUAGCCCCUACAUCAAUACCUCCAACUGAGAUGCCGCUAGUGCAGUUCAUGUCUGCUGGGGGUGUGGCAGGCGUGGCAUCUAGAACAUUAACAGCGCCGUUGGAAAAAAUGAAAAUAAUCGCCCAGACCUCAUCAGGUAGAUCCAGCAUCGCAAACAUGUUUACAAUGAUCUGGAAAGGAGAAGGGAUUCGAGGUCUUUUUAGUGGUAAUCUGACCAACUGUGUUCGUGUGUUUCCUACAUCUGCCAUUGUUUGCUUGGUUUAUUCAAGGAUGAUUAAGUAUACACCAGUAGACAAUGACAAAAACCCUCACCAGCCAUUAUGGCGUUUUGUCUCUGGGGCUACCGCUGGUGUUGUCGCCACGGCAUCGACCCACCCCUUGGACGUGGUGAGAGCACGCUUGACAGUACAGGAUAUGUCAACGCGAAGUAUUUCAAACUACACUGGUAUUGUAAGCGCUUUGAGGAGAAUACAUAUCGAAGAAGGCAUCAGAGGUCUCUAUAAAGGCUUAGUACCAUCUUUGGUCUCAAUUGCACCUUUUCUUGGUGUCCAGCAAAGUGUUUAUGACAUCAUGAAGCUUCGUGCACUCGACAGUGCAUUUGCAGCAAACUCAGGGACUUUUCUUGUUUGUGGGGCAAUCGCCGGAAUGAUUGCGCAAACGGUUGUUCAUCCUCUGGAUGUUGUCAGACGUCAGAUGCAAGUCGACCGAGGUCGCUCUGGAAGCAUCACCCAGACCUCCUUGUCUGCACUGAAAAUACUCUGGAAGCAAGGAGGUCCACGGAGGAUAUAUGCUGGGUUAACUGCGUCCUACUUGAAAGUGAUGCCUGCUGCUGCUACGAGUCUCCUGGUCCGUGAUGCUUUGUUAGGAAGACUCAAGGACUAGUUGUUUCAGAAAGCUUUAAGAACACCCAUGCACCAACUUUUUCAUUCUCACAUGCCACAAUUUCAAUCCAAUAGUUUUUCUGUCGUCUUCUUCGUCAUUGUUCUUGUCAAAAAGUUGUAGUUGAAUGUGCAAAUACAUUUAAACUUUUGAUACUUUUAGUUCUCUUUCUGUUAUCAAUCAAUUUUUUAGUUUUUUUACAGCAUAAGACAUAUCUUAUAAAAAAAGAGAUCAUACUGUAUAUAUAUAAGAACUAUUGUUAGUUUUUGUGUAAAGAUCAUUUUUUCUAAAUUUAAGAUUGAGUGUCCAAAAACAUGUUUUUGCAUGUUUUUUUUUACUGUACCCCUCCCUUCUUUCGUAGGGCAGUGAAAAAAAACGAUCCGAGGGAGGGGAGGAAGGGAAACCGUUUUAGUACAGUAGACCUUGCAUUUAAACAUGAGGUUCCGCUAUAAAAGAGAAAGCUUCUCCCACCCCCGGGCUCAAAUUUGCAAUUAUAAUCAGAACACUUGCCAUGCUAGAGGUCACAAAUUAUAAGUGUCCUGCAAAAUAUUGCUUAUCUCAGGGCCUGAGUCGGCUUUUAAAUUUUGCGCUAUCCAUAAUCUAGCGCACCUGCAUAAAUUAUUCUUGUGCUGUGAUGAAAAUGCUCGUAUUUUAGAGCGCACACAUAGCAUCAUUUUAUUACAUUUUUAGAUGGAGAACUCUAGGAGUGAUAUCUAUUUUGGUUUAGAAUAUGAAAUUUGAAUUUAGCGCUCAGAGCAAUUGUCCUGACAUGUUGAAUCAUUGACGGCUGAUUGAUAAUUGAUUGUUCUUGAGCCUGGGGGUGGAAGGAACCUUGUGUUUAAGGAACAAGUUGGGACCUGCAAACAUGGUCCCUUUUACAGCUAUUACAGAGAAAAGUUGCCCUCAAGAAUUCUUGUGUUACAACCUGCAGUGGCUCAUGAGUAACGUACAAGUCAGUGGAUGUUUAUGGGCUCACUAACAAGUAUGAUAGCCUUCCAAGCCUAGGUAUAUUUUUAUCACGUUUUUUUGCAUAUUUAUUUGAUACCCAUGAAGAACUGUGGGUUGCAACACAUCAAUUCUAUAGUGAACCUUACCUAUGGAAAUGCUUGAAAUCUUUCACACGCUAAUAUUGAACUCUGUCCUUUACACACCAAAGCAAUAAAAACCCAAAAUUGGUAUAUGUUUAACCCUAUAUUUAUUUUGUCAUGCCAUAUAAAGUUAGUUAUUGUGCUUGAUAGGUAGCAUGUUUUUGUAUUACCUUGAAGUAGAGUAUAUUAUCUCAAUAAACUUAAAAGGGUA